AUGGCGCGAACGAAGCAGCUGCCAAGCUCUAGCACAGGGGUGGCUCGGGAGCGGAAGGCCACCGCAAAGAAGUGCCCUAGGAUGACGGCGCCCCCGGUCAUCAAGCCGCACAAGUACAGGGCUGGGACGGUGGCGCUGCGCGAGAUCAGAAAGUACCAGAAGACAUCCGAGCUGCUGCUGAAGAAGGCGGCGUUCUGCAGGUUGUGCAAGGAGGUCAUGGACUCGGAGAAGGUGCAACCGAAGAAAGGAGUGGUCACGCACUUUGCGGAAGAGGCGUACGACGCGCUGCAGGAGGCGGCAGAGGCCUACCUCGUCAAGAUGUUUGAGGAGGCGAACCUCUAUGCCAUUCACGCCAAGAGGGUGACUCUGAUGGAGUCGGACUGGGCCCUUAUGCUCAAGCUGAGGCAGGGGGAGUGGAGGUUCCCGGUUAAGAAGGGGCCGGGCAAGCGCCCGUUUGCCCUUGCUUUAGCAAAGCCUUUUGCCAACUCGCACCCUUCGCCGACGCAAGUAAGCAUGGCGCGAACGAAGCAGCUGCCAAGCUCUAGCACAGGGGUGGCUCAGGAGCGGAAGGCCACCGCAACGAAGUGCCCUAGGAUGACGGCGCCCCCGGUCAUCAAGCCGCACGAGUACAGGGCUGGGACAGUGGCGCUGCGCGAGAUCAGAAAGUACCAGAAGACAUCCGAGCUGCUGCUGAAGAAGACGGCGUUCCGCAGGUUGUGCAAGGAGGUCAUGGACUCAGAGAAGGUGCAACCGAAGAAAGGAGUGGUCACGCACUUUGCGGAAGAGGCGUACGACGCACCGCAGGAGGCGGCGGAGGCCUACCUCGUCAAGAUGUUUGAGGAGGCAAACCUCUAUGCCAUUCACGCCAAGAGGGUGACUCUGAUGGAGUCGGACUGGGCCCUUAUGCUCAAGCUGGGGCAGGGGGAGUGGAGGUUCCCGGUUAAGAAGAGGCCGGGCAAGUACGUAGUGUAA